UAAUAUCAAUUAAUAUCAAUUAUUCCAUCAAACUCCGAUUAAAAUUUGACAGAAGGUGGUAUAUAUAGUCUCUCUGUUGACACUCUUUGACGCUUGUUGCUUUCCUUCAUUUCCGUAUGUGUGUACGAUUACACAUUAGCCCCUAAUCUCCAUUAGCUCAGUUUUCAACACUUUAAUAAGUUACACAGUUUGAAUAUUUCACCAUGUGAACUAUUUUCACCACUUUAGUAUUUUUCCAAAAUGAUUACAGCUUGCGAUGAAGUUGCACUUAUGCACCAUUCCUCCUCACUAACUGGAUAAUCUUGUUGGGUUGGUACCUGCUUAUCGCUGCAGAAUUUUAAAUGAAUAACCCUGUUCAUAUCAUACAACGUGGCCUCAGUGCUCCUGAUGGUAAACGAGCAUGAGGAAUGAUGAUGCGGGGAAUCCAUGCCAUCAGAUGACACUGAGACAACAGCAGUGAACUAUUUUUUUCCCCCCAAAAAGAGAUCAUUCAAAAUAAAAAUACUGAUUUGGAAAACUCAAGUUAAUAAUUGAAAUAAUUUCAGUAUAAGCUUUUGUUAGACUAUUGAGACUGUUGCAGUACUACAGUCAAAUAAGUAUUAAUGUGUAGAAACUGGACUAAUUAGCACUGCCUCCCUCCCACCUCUGUCACUCAUUCAUUAACCCUUGACUUUUGACCACACGGCUUUCAGUCAUCCAUUGACUCCUAACCUUGAUCUCACCAUCUCACCUUUCACAUAUUAAGCCCCUGAGCCUCACCAUCUGUCACACCUAUUAAUUUUAACCCUUGACCCCCACACAGAUGUCAUUUAUCUGUUAACCCUUGACUGUCACACAUUUGGCUCUCGCAGCACUCCUUACUGCCUCCAUUUCUCUUCCUUCUCAUAGUUGAAGGAUCCAUCUGCAUCCAUACUGUGGAGUUGGCUGGGUCUUCUUUAUCAUCCCACAUCCACCGAUGCUCCACUAGAAAGUUUCAGAAAGUUUAACUACUUUCUCUCCACUUUUUCAGGAAAAUACCUCAUGUUUUUUUUGAUACAAGACAAAUUCUUUCAGUUGUUUUUUUUUUUUUUUUUAGCAGUAGUGGCCUUUAGUUGCAGUAAAUAAGGCAGAAUAUUGACAGAGUGAAUGGGGGGGAACACACAUGCAGUUUUUAUCCUUUUUUUACAGGAGCAGUGGGACUUAAUUAAGGUUUGAGUCCAAGAGCUCUUCCAAUUCAUCACUUGUCUAAUUUCUCAAGUGUUUCAGAUAUUUUUCAGGUUCCAAAAUCACCACUCUGCGCAGCAGAAGAAGCAUCCCCUAAGACCACCAUGGUUGUCCCAAAAUCACCAGAUAAGACAUUGUCCCAAAGCAGCCAUUUGGGAACACAUGGCAGCCAGCACUAUGGCUCAGUCCAAUCAUUCUCCCAGCUCUCUGGAAGCCAGUGUGGCUCUCGUGGAAGUUUAUCUCCAGUCAGUGACGUUUUGGAGGGCGAAUCUCAGGACUGCAGUGAGUCCGACCCUCUGCUCUCCGGUGAGCUUCCGAAUGUGUCCAGAUUCAGCAGAUCCACGAGAGCAAAGGAUGCACAAGUUUCAAGUGGACCCACAGAAUCGGUGUGCUCCAUGGUAUUACAGAUUCUGGUGCCGUUUGUGCUGGCCGGACUCGGGACGGUUUCUGCUGGGAUGCUGCUUGAUGUUGUGCAGAGCUGGGAUGUUUUCCAGGAGGUCUCUGAGAUCUUCAUUCUGGUUCCAGCUAUUUUAGGUAUGAAAGGGAACCUGGAAAUGACUAUGGCAUCGAGACUGUCCACUGCUGUGAGUCCUUUGAAUGCAAACUUGACAACAGG